AUGGCGGUGCAGGGCCGGUCAGCUUUGCCCAGUGUGCUCUUGUUCCAACCCCUUCUGGAGGACACGCUAGCGCAUCCUCACCAGCGACCUCAGUGCUCCCGUUCUUCUUUCAGACUCAUCUACGUGGCAGGCCGAGAGGGCCACAUGCUCAAAGUGCUCUCGUAUGUCAGCGUCAAGCGCCUCACACCCGCCCCUGCCCUCAUAUUUUAUGGCAUCAUAGCCAUCAUUUACAUCAUCCCCGGUGACAUCAACUCCCUAGUCAAUUAUUUCAGUUUUGCUGCAUGGCUGUUUUAUGGGAUGACAAUUCUAGGACUCGUGGUGAUGAGAUUCACAAGGAAAGACCUAGAAAGGCCCAUCAAGGUGCCCAUCGUCAUCCCUAUCCUGGUGAUUCUCGUCUCCAUUUUUUUGGUGUUGGCCCCAAUCAUCAGUAAGCCAGCCUGGGAGUAUCUCUACUGUGUGCUGUUCAUACUGAGUGGACUUAUCUUCUACUUCCUGUUUGUUCACUACAAGUUCGGAUGGGCCCAGAGAAUCUCCAGGCCGGUCACCAAGCACCUGCAGUUGCUGAUGGAAGUUGUCCCACCAGAGAAGGACCCAGAGUAAACCGUCCAUCACACAUAGCCCAAAGCUACAAUCAAUUUAUUUUUGUAAGCAACUAUUUGUGGUUAUUUCUUCCUGGUGUUUUUCUUAAUGAAAACAUGUAUUCAGCUAUUUGUUUAAUGUUAUUAUUCUUAGCUAUCCUUAAUUCUCUGUGUUAAGGUUCUUAAGUAGAGGUAAGAGAUGUUUCCAGACGUUAUUAGGAGUGCUAGAUGUGGACGCAUGAUCAGGAGGCAAAAGCAGGUAGAUCUCUGUGACUUUGAGACCAGCCUGGUCUACAAUGAGUAUUCCAGGCUAGCCAGAACCUUGUCUCAGAAAUAAACAAAAACCCACGAGUUAGCAGGAGGCAUUACCUA